AUGCCACCCCACAGUAGAGGGGAGUCCCUUCCUUCGGGUUUCUAUUCGAAGUCUACGCCCAAUUUGCCUACCUUGACGUCAUUUGAUGGUCAAAGUCGCGAUGACAGUGCCAUAGCAUCCCCUCCACGCUCGGCGACUCGUCCAGGAGCAACUCCUCUAUCGCCAAUAUCGAAUAGCGCUCUCUCCGAGGCGGCCUCUGUAGAGGAUAACCAAGAUGAAGACGAGGAUCCUUUCAUGGUGGAGGACGUAGUCAGCGAAGAUGAAGAGGACGAGGAGGAGCCAGCGCCUACGUCUCGACCAUUACAGACCUCUAAAUCGUAUAGUCACCUCCCGCGACAUACUGCGACAGCGCUGUUCCCGCCCUUCUACAACAGGCCUCCGACCCCGCUACCGCCGUCUCCAUCAUUGACCUCGCUACUUCGCCCCGCCUUCAGCCGCCCAACCUCGAGACCCACAACCCCAGACUCGUCGGAUGUUGAAGGAUAUACUAGAGCUGGCUCGCAUACCACAGGCACAAGCACACCCACGAACCUCGCGAGCUCGGCACGGCAUGCGCCGACGGUACCCCGGGCCUCGCCGAAAGUGCCUACAUACGAAUACUAUGGCUUUGCACUGUACCUGGGCAGCUCCGCCGCAUUCCUGAUGUACAUCCUCUGGGCAUAUGUACCAGCUCCGAUGCUGCACCAGAUGGGCAUCCACUACUACCCGAACCGGUGGUGGGCGCUCGCGGUGCCAUGCUGGCUGGUGGUGCUAGUCAUCUACAUCUACGUUGCCCUUGCAAGCUACAACACGCGCUACCUCACACUACCGCUAAGCAGCUGCGAGAACCUCGUCGAUGAAUGCGCACAGAUAGCCGUUGUCGAUCGCAUGACUGGGCAGAUAGUACGCGACCCGGUGCUAGUCACAGACAAGCUACACGACAAGGACAAGGAAAAAGGCACUAGAGCCAGUGCUCCUCCCAGCCGACGAAGCUCUUUCUCGGCAUAUCAGUUUAGCGCACAAGAUGAAGUGGACUGGAAAGGCUUCUGGAGCACGGGAACAGAUGCCGUGAUGGAUGUGCCAAUUGGCGGCGUCUGCGAGAUACUCUACGGCCGCGACAGAUGA